AUGGAAAACGAGGAAAUAAAUAGGAGUGAUGUAGCAGAAGUGGAAGAGUCCGUAGAGCUUCAGGACUCUUCAGACGAUGACUUGAUUCCACCUGGUUCCAAGUACCCUCGACAGUGUGAGUGCGGUCAAAUGUAUUCGACUAGGCAGAGUUAUUAUAAGCAUCAGAAGAGCUGUACUAAAGAGAAGAAAGUUUCUAUGUACCCAAGGAAGUGUGAUGGGUGUGCGCUUGUUUUAGAGAACAAAGUCCAAUUUUGUCGGCAUAAAAAGAAGUGUAAUGGCGGUGGGGACACCGAAUUGAGACCAAAAGUUGUUUACCCCAGAGAAUGCGAAAAAUGCCACAACCAGUUCUCAACCAAACAAGAGUUUUCCCGUCACAAGAAAGUUGAGUGCACAGCCGAGGGUUUUACACUGAAAGUAGCCAAACACACACAAUGCUUAGAUCCAGGGUGCACACUCACAUUUUAUCAUCGUACUGCAAUGGUAGAUCACCUUAUCAAGGAUCAUCAGAAGGAGUUCAAAAUUAGGCAGAUGUCAUUCAAAACAAUGGCUGAGUUUACAGCUUGGAAGGAUGAAGUUGAGGCAGAGUCAUGGACCUGCUUUAGAGCUCCUUAUGGAGCUAAGUGCAAUGAAGAGGGCACUUCUAAGUAUCGCUACUUUACAUGCCAAUUUGAUGCUCCUGAAAGGAAAGACGAUAAGGAAAAGUGCAAAAAUAAAUGGAAAUGGGAAAAGGGACGCAUUCCAACAGAGGUGCAUUGUCCUGCACGAAUGCUGGUGACUGAAACGGAGGGUCAAAUUGGUGUUAAAUUUAUAGAAACUCACAACCAUCCUUUAAUUUUUCACCAUACUGUUUUGCAUAGGGUUCAGCUCACCACAAGACACUUUAUUCAAUCUUGUUUGAUCACUGGUAUGGCGCCAGCAAAAAUUCUUGAGCUUUUGAGAGGUGAUGUUGGUGAGCUGGGCAAUAGGGACCCAAAUCAGAGACCUAAAAAGGAAUUUUUCAUUACCUUGCAGUACAUCAAACACUGUAAAUCCAGAAUUAAAGCUCAAGGAAGACUACACAAGGAAGAUCACAUAUCAGUGGAUAUGCAUGUGAGAAAUUUGAUGCACAUUGGCCGAUUUGAAGUAGAUGGAGUAAAGAAUGAUCGCUAUGAUGGAUUUGAUGAUGGGAACUUUAGCCCAAUUUUAGUUUACAAACCUCAGGGCAAACCAGUGGUAGUUGGGCAUCCUAACUUUGAUUGCAUAAAAAACAGUGCAGAACUAUUUAUUGUUGGUUUUCAAACUAAAGAGCAGUUAGAUGUUAUGAAAGAGGGUUGCAAAACUGUUUUGUGUAUAGACUCCACAUACUCCACAAAUGAGUAUGGGUUUUACUUAGUUAACAUGGUAGUUCAAGACCCGUAUGGACAGGGGUACCCUGUUGCUCAUUUCAUCACAAAUUUUCAAGAUGAGGAAACAUUGGCUCUUGCCUUUGAGAGCAUUAAAUUCAGGUGUCCGAACUUGGAAGUCAAUCUUCUGAUGACUGACGAUGAUCAGGCAGAGUAUAAGGCCUUUUUAUUAAUUUUCCCUGGGACGAGACAUGUUCUCUGUACGUGGCAUGUCCGAAGAAACUGGAAAAAAAAUAGGGCCAUCAAUAGGAGACAAAGAGUUGAGGAGACUUAUUAA